AUGUAUGCUGGUGAAACAUCUACGUCAAAUACAAAAAAACAUCAUAGAAUACAUCCAAUAACAGAACAUAAUUCAUCAACAAAUGAAAAUCAAAAAGUAGUUCAUACAAUAUUAAAUUUAUCAUCAAAUGAUGAUGAUGUAUCAUCAUCACAACGUAUUACACAACGUACAAAUUCACAAACAUCAACUUCAUCAUCAUCGGUUGAUAUUCGAGCAACCGAUGUUAUUAAACGUAUAACAAGUCCAGCUAAUGCGAUAUCAAAUACGGAUGAAAUCCUUCCACAAACAUUUUUUCGUCGAAUGUCAGUUAAUUUUAAUAUGAAUUCAUUAGUACCAUCAACAGUAACAUCACAAUCAUCAGUUUUACCAGCUAUACAUGAUACGAAUUCAUCAAAUUUAACUGAUGAAAAUUAUCCUAAUUCAAUGAUAACAACAAUAACAAAUUUAUAUAAUCAUACAAAUGAAUGUGAAAUAUGUUGUUUAGCAAAUGAUUGUGAAAAUUUACAAAUGUGUAAACAUCAUUUUUGUUUAUCAUGUCUACAAUUAUAUUUAGUUGAUAAAAUACGUAAUGGUUGUUCAUCAUCAUUAGAAUGUCCACAUAGUGAUUGUAAACAAACUAUACAUCCAAAUGAUAUAAAACGAUUAGUAAAUGAUAUUGAAUUAUAUGAACGUUAUGAAACAUUUAUGUUAAGACGUGUUUUACAAAAAAUGCCUGAUACAAGAUGGUGUCCUUAUCCAAAUUGUAAUUUUGCUGUUUUGGUUGAAAAUGCACGUAAAGCAAGUAAAUAUGAUUGUCCACUUUGUAAAAGACCAUUUUGUCAACGUUGUUCACAAAUAUGGCAUCCAAAUUUAACAUGUGAUCUUGCAUCUGCUCAACGUGCUGCUCAAGAUCCUACACUUGAAAUGCUUAUGAAAUCAUCUGCAAGUGGAGGAAAUAUUCGCUCAUGUCCACGUUGUAAAAGUCCAAUAGAAAAAUUAAAUGAUGGCUCAUGUAAUCAUAUACGUUGUGCCAUUUGUACAUGUGAAUUUUGUUGGUUAUGUAUGAAAGAAGUUGAUAAUUUACAUUUUAUAACACCAACCGGUUGUACAUUUUAUGGUAAAAAACGUUGGUCAAGACGUAAAUCAAUUUUAUUUUUAAUACUUUCAUGGAUAAUAACUCCAGUUCUAGCAAUAUUAUUAAUAGUUUUAGCUAUACCAAUAUUAUUAAUAUUAUUACCAAUAAUAAUAACAAGAAAAUUUUAUCAACAUUCCAUUGAAACUGACAUCGGUUCAAUUCGUCGGUUUAUUCUUUGUAUAUUCGUAUUUCUAAGUACAUUUAUAAUAACACCAUUUAUUUUAUUACUUGGUUUACUUAUUGGUAUACCAUUAUUAAUCUUUUUUAUUUAUUUUUAUAUGCCAAGAAGAUAUAUAACAGCGAAUUUUUGA